GGGAAGUGACGUACAUGCUCUCGGCGGAAGGAAAGAUAUUUCCAGAAAGAAUCUGCGCUGCAAGCCUGCGAAGGAAGUAGCAACAACCGAGGAGGUCGUGUUUAAAAAAAACCUAGAAUAAACACUAAAAGCGGGUCUCUUUCUAGAACAGCAGUCCCCGAUUUGUAUCUGCAAAUCGACAGUGUUACCCUUUCGCAAACUAAAUACCUGCGUUUUUUUUAAGUGUGUGUGUGUUACAGUAAAUAAGGAUUGAAGAUGGUGGAUUAUAGCGUGUGGGAUCAUAUUGAGGUGUCCGACGAUGAAGAUGAUACACACCCUAACAUCGAUACAGCCAGUCUGUUUCGAUGGAGACACCAGGCGCGCAUGGAUCGGAUGGAGCAGUUCCAGAAGGAGCGAGAGGACCUGGAGAAGGCUCAAGGGGAGUGCAAGCGCAAGCUCUCGGAGGUGCAGAGGAAGAUCAAGGAGCUGGAGGUGUCGGGGACGGACGACGCCAAGAGCGAGCUCCAGAAACUGCAGCAGGAGCAGCAAGGGCUGAAGAAGGAGGAGAAGAGCUGCGACAAGAAGCUGGAGGAGCACCGCAAACAGGAGAAGAAGAUGCCCUGGAACGUGGACACGCUGUCCAAGGAGGGCUUCAGCAAGAGUGUCUUCAACGUGAAGCCAGAAGACAAAGAGGAAACGGAAGAGGAAAAAGAACAGAAGCAUAAAACCUUCGUAGAGAAAUACGAGAAGGCGAUCAAACAUUUCGGUAUGCUUCGCCGCUGGGACGACAGUCAGAAAUAUUUGUCAGAUAAUCCGCAUCUUGUCUGUGAAGAAACCGCCAACUACCUUGUCAUAAUGUGCAUCGACCUGGAAGUUGAGGAGAAACAUGCCUUGAUGGAGCAGGUUGCUCAUCAGACAAUAGUGAUGCAGUUCAUCCUGGAACUGGCCCGGAGCCUCAAAGUGGACCCUAGAGCUUGUUUUAGACAGUUCUUCACCAAGAUCAAGACAGCGGACCAGCAAUACCAGGACGCCUUCAAUGAUGAGCUUGAAGCCUUUAAGGUGCGGGUCCGGGAGCGAGCCAAGGUGCGGAUCGAGAAGGCGAUGAAGGAGUACGAGGAAGAGGAGCGGCAGAAACGCCUUGGACCUGGUGGGCUGGACCCUGCCGAUGUUUACGAGACCCUGCCUCUGGAAAUGCAGAAGUGUUUCGAUGACAAAAACAUUCAGCUGUUGCAAGAUGUUAUCAGUAAAAUGGACCCUACGGAAGCCAAGUACCACAUGCAGCGGUGCAUCGACUCGGGACUGUGGGUCCCCAACUCCAGAACGGCAGAGGAAGAGGGCGAUAAAGCAGAGGAGGGGGAUCCAGUUUACGAGGAGCUGAAGAAGGAGACGGAGGAGGAGGAGAAGAAAUAAAGAAAUGACUAAAUACAGACCUGUUGAAUUGCACCAGUUUUCUGAAGAUAUAGAUAGAUAGAUAGAUAGGGUCCCUGUUUGGUCAUGCACCGCACCCCCUCAUCCCCUCCCUCUCCAUGAGUAGCCUCAUCACUAUAUUGGCAUGUAGAUGCAGCCCCAUACCUAUGAAACCAUGAUUGUCUAUACUUUUGGUUCAUUCGCAAACCCCUCAGUUUGCCAGAGGAAGAAUUAUGUGUUUAGACUGAAAGUAAAAUAUACAGUACUUUUUUUUUGAUACAGUAUUUCGACUUGUCUUUGUGUCUGUGUUGCAUUGGAACAAACCAGGCGGCAUUUAUUUUCUUUUUUUUAAAGCACAAAGUUCAUUUUUUUAAUUCGUAGGCUGGUAUAUAGUAUUUGCUGUAUGUCUUGCAUUAAGGCACUUACUGGCUCUAAAUAAUAAGUUGGAAUCUGUUUAUUUGUUCAAGUCCAAAACACAGUUCUAGCUUGAUUUUAAUAAAAAAAAAUUUUAAUGACUCCUAA